GGCGGCGGAGUCGUGGGAGGGCUGUCACAUUCGGGAGCCGGGCUCCUGGCGCUUCUCCGGGCCGUCCCUUCCGUUUCCCCGGCUCCCCGGCGUGACAUCUGCGGAGCCGAGAACUGUAUGUGCGCGCGCGCGGGAGAGGAAGAAUGGCAGUGCUCAAACUCUGCGACCAGCCUCCACUGGUCCAGGCAAUCUUCAGUGGUGAUCCAGAAGAGAUCCGGAUGCUUAUCCACAAGACCGAGGAUGUGAACGCACUGGACUCUGAGAAACGGACCCCGCUUCAUGUGGCUGCGUUCCUGGGAGAUGCAGAGAUCAUUGAGCUCCUGAUUUUGUCAGGAGCUCGUGUAAACGCCAAGGACAACAUGUGGCUGACCCCACUGCACAGGGCUGUUGCCUCCAGAAGUGAAGAGGCAGUGCAAGUAUUGAUUAAACACUCGGCUGAUGUCAAUGCGAGAGACAAGAACUGGCAGACCCCCCUCCACGUGGCAGCGGCCAAUAAGGCUGUCAAGUGCGCAGAGGUGAUCAUUCCACUCCUGAGCAGUGUCAAUGUCUCUGACCGAGGUGGGCGCACAGCCCUGCACCACGCGGCCCUAAAUGGACACAUGGAGAUGGUCAAUUUACUCUUGGCCAAAGGGGCGAACAUCAACGCAUUUGACAAGAAGGACCGGCGCGCUCUCCACUGGGCAGCGUACAUGGGCCACCUGGACGUUGUGGCACUGCUUAUUAACCACGGAGCCGAGGUGACCUGCAAAGAUAAGAAGGGUUACACCCCAUUGCAUGCUGCAGCCUCCAACGGGCAGAUCAGUGUUGUCAAACACCUCCUCAACCUGGGGGUGGAGGUCGAUGAGAUCAAUGUCUAUGGAAACACAGUGCUUCACAUUGCCUGCUACAAUGGCCAGGAUGCUGUCGUUAGCGAGCUGAUCGACUAUGGUGCUAACGUGAACCAGCCCAACAACAGCGGCUUCACCCCGCUGCACUUCGCAGCGGCGUCCACUCAUGGUGCUCUGUGUCUGGAGCUGUUAGUGAACAACGGGGCCGAUGUGAACAUUCAGAGUAAAGAUGGCAAAAGUCCCCUGCACAUGACGGCUGUCCAUGGACGGUUCACGCGGUCACAAACCCUCAUCCAGAACGGAGGCGAAAUUGACUGUGUGGAUAAGGAUGGCAACACUCCCCUCCAUGUGGCUGCGCGAUAUGGUCACGAGCUUCUGAUUAACACCCUACUAACCAGCGGAGCGGAUACAGCCAAGUGUGGGAUCCAUAGCAUGUUCCCCCUACACUUAGCUGCCCUAAAUGCCCACUCUGAUUGCUGCAGGAAGUUGCUGUCAUCCGGACAAAAGUAUAGCAUAGUGUCCUUGUUUAGUAAUGAGCACGUGCUGUCUGCAGGCUUUGAAAUAGACACCCCAGAUACGUUUGGAAGGACGUGCCUUCAUGCCGCUGCUGCAGGGGGCAAUGUAGAAUGUAUAAAACUCUUGCAGAGCAGCGGAGCAGAUUUUCACAAAAAGGAUAAAUGUGGGAGGACCCCUUUGCACUACGCAGCUGCAAAUUGUCAUUUCCACUGUAUUAAAGCGUUAGUGACCAUGGGAGCCAACAUUAAUGAAACAGACAACUGGGGACGGACAGCUUUGCACUACGCCGCUGCGUCAGACAUGGAUAGAAAUAAGAUGAUCUUAGGAAACGCCCAUGACAAUACUGAAGAACUUGAAAGAGCCAGGGAAAUGAAGGAAAAAGACGCUGCGUUAUGUCUAGAGUUUCUGCUUCAAAAUGAUGCAAACCCAUCCCUCCGGGACAAAGAAGGCUACAAUAGCAUCCAUUAUGCUGCCGCCUAUGGCCACAGACAGUGUCUGGAACUGCUUUUGGAAAGAACCAACGCUGGUUUUGAAGACUCAGAUUGCGGCGCUCCCAAGAGUCCACUCCACUUAGCGGCCUACAACGGGCACCACCAAGCCCUGGAGGUCCUUCUUCAGUCAUUAGUGGACCUGGACAUCAGGGACGAGAAGGGCCGGACGGCUCUGUACCUGGCCGCUUUCAAGGGGCACACCGAGUGUGUGGAAGCCCUUGUGAACCAGGGUGCGUCCAUCUUUGUAAAAGACAAUGUCACCAAAAGAACUCCGCUUCAUGCCUCAGUUAUUAACGGUCACACGCUGUGUUUGAGGCUGCUUCUGGAAAUAGCAGACAACCCAGAAGUGGUUGACAUGAAAGAUGCCAAGGGACAGACCCCACUGAUGCUUGCAGUAGCAUACGGACACAUCGACGCUGUUUCAUUGUUACUUGAAAAGGAAGCGAAUGUAGAUGCUGCUGACAUAGUGGGAUGCACAGCUUUACAUAGAGGGAUUAUGACGGGACACGAGGAAUGCGUGCAAAUGCUGCUGGAGCAAGAAGCAUCAAUCCUCUGUAAAGAUGCCAGAGGGAGGACACCCUUGCACUACGCGGCAGCACGGGGCCACGCCACAUGGCUGAGCGAGCUGCUCCAGGUUGCUCUCUCUGAAGAGGACUGCUGCCUCAGAGACAACCAGGGCUACACACCACUGCACUGGGCUUGCUACAACGGUAAUGAAAAUUGCAUAGAAGUACUUUUGGAGCAAAAAUGUUUUCGAAAAUUUAUUGGUAAUCCCUUCACUCCACUGCACUGUGCAAUAAUAAAUGGUCAUGAGAACUGUGCAUCAUUGCUACUGGGGGCCAUAGAUUCCAGCAUCGUCACUUGUAGGGAUGACAAAGGCAGGACAACCCUGCACGCGGCAGCCUUUGGUGAUCAUGCGGAGUGCGUGCAGCUGCUUCUGAGGCACGAUGCUCAGGUGAAUGCUGUGGACAAUUCAGGGAAGACAGCGCUGAUGAUGGCUGCGGAGAACGGGCAGGCCGGCGCUGUAGAUAUUUUGGUGAACAGUGCCCAGGCUGACCUGUCUGUGAAGGAUAAGGACUUGAAUACUCCCUUACACCUGGCUAUCAGGAAAGGCCAUGAGAAAUGUGCCUUGUUAAUACUUGACAAGAUACAAGAUGAGAGCCUUAUUAACGCGAAAAACAGUGCACUGCAGACACCCCUCCACAUUGCCGCCCGCAAUGGCUUGAAGGUGGUAGUUGAGGAGUUGCUAGCCAAAGGAGCCUGCGUGCUUGCUGUAGAUGAAAAUGGUCAUACCCCGGCCCUGGCUUGCGCUCCUAACAAAGACGUGGCUGACUGCCUGGCCCUCCUUCUGGCUACCAUGAUGCCUUUUUCUCCUUCCAGUACAAUGACGGCUGUCAACUUCGUUUGUUUUAGGAAAGACAAUUUGAGCAGAGCGACCCUCUCCAGUCUGGGCAGUAGGGUUAGUCUGUGCAGUAACAACGUGGGCUCCGAGGAUGGGUGUAAUGAAAAUGAUUCUGAUUCGGAAACAUUCUAACUGUGGACCAUAGAGGCGUUUCCUCCAUCACCUGUGUUUCAGGAAGGGAUGCAAGCUUGAAUUCCGGGUCUAUGUUGUGUCCAAGUAUUUGAGGCCAAGCCUCCAGAGCCAAUAGAAAAGUAGUCAGUCUAAGCAAAAGAGGGCAACUAGCCUGUAGGCAGAAGCACACGUAGGUGGGCCCGGGUUUUGUUUUGCUUUGUUUUCUUUAGGUCUCUAGGUACUUCUAUGAAAGCCUACCUCUCAUUUUAUGUAAGACAACAUUUUUAAGUAUUUAAUUCUUUGUCUAUGUGGAGGAUGCAACAGAGAGACGAAUGUCCAGUCUAAAGAUUUCUUUUUUUUCCCACAUAUUCACCAGUGAGUUCUGUGAGGUCUGUCAGUGUGACCUUCAUGUCCCCUGGGAGGGGAGGGAAGAGGAAAUGCCUGGGCCCUCUUCUCACUCUGAUGUUUACUUUCUCAUUAGAAGCCAAAGGUCAAGGUUCAUCUUCAGACAUAAUGCCUAUAAUCAAUCUCUUCCGGGCGUCCACCUGACCCCGCCUCCUCUCCUCUGGAGGAAGAGUGGCAAUACGCAGAACUUCUUCCCAGGAUCUUGGUGAAAGUUGUCAGAUGAAUGUGAACAUUGAUCAUGGUUUUUGUUGUUUUUGUUG